GAGCAUUCGGAGCACUCGCAAGCUUUUCAUGCGCUGACUUAACCUACUGUAACUGCAGGCCCUUAGCCCCCUGUCUUCUUUACCAUCGUCUGGACUGUGCACUAAGUUAACAAGAAUGAGGGCUCUAAUUGUCUUCAGUGUUCUCCUUGCUGCUGUCUGGGCUGCUCCUUCGACCUUCUCAUUUUCCCCAGCUGUGGGGUCAGGGUCAGGGACCACUUACACCAUUACAGGGGAGGGCCGCAUCACUGCAGUCAAACUGUGGGAGAACAACAAUGGACACGUCCGUGGCAUUCAACUCCGUUAUGGGUUCUCAUGGUCGGAGGUUGCUGGUUAUAUGGGCGGCACUACCCAAGAGAUUGAGCUGUUCGAUGGCGAGUUCAUAGUUCAAAUCUCCGGCAAGUUCGCUCACUACAUCCAGUCUAUUAUGAUCGUCACCAACCGGGGGCGCUCCCUCAUUGUUGGACAGCCAUCAGGAACUACCUUCAACAUGUACCCCGUCCAUCCAAUGGCCGAGCUCCGAUUCCUGAGCGGUCGCUUCCAUGGUGGCCUUACCUCUAUCGCCACGCACUGGGCAGUGCUUCCCAUGACCAUGAACGGCACUUCUGAUUAAAAAAAAUCAGAAGAGAAUGAAGAAGAAUGGCCCGACUUAGAGCUGCUGUUAAGCAGUUAUCUUGAGGGAGCUUUCUUCUUGGAUCAAUUCAAUUUAUCUCAGGGAUCCCACACGCCUUUUGGCCAUCUUUUGGAAUUUUGAAAUGUCUGACACACCUCUGUCCUCAGGAAUGUGUCUGUUUCACAUCCAAAUAUAUAUACCAAAUUGGGAAAUUGUUCUGUGUAAGCACUGAUUUUGCUCUCCGCUUUUUCUGUUACCAAUGGACAUGAAUCCAUGAAUCUGUCUUCUGGGAGCUGAGAGAUCAUGCCAUGCUUAUUCUGUGUAAGAAAUUCUUUCUUCUGUGAAUUUGAAAUAAAAAGCUUUCUGUGAAAUUAGUUUUACAAUGAUCAUCAGCAAAUCGCCAGAUUUCUUUCAAUAGGCACUCUUGUUUCCUGUGUUAGUCUACUACUCUAACUUGUAUUGGCAUAAACCUGUGCCCCUAGGCAAAGCUCUGAAAUGAUUAAAUUGACAUCAAAAUAACCUCUGUAAAUGAAUUAUGGUUAGACUUAUCAUUCUUCAUUCAGUGGAAGUGGACAUUCUAUUGUAGCCUACGGCUUUGUCAACUUUGUCAGUCAAGGGUCAGUUUGAUUUUAUCACAGUGUUAAUUUGUAAAUGUAGCCUAAUGUCAAUCAAACUAUAGUUGGUCUGUUUUUAUUAAAGGGGCUAUAUUAUGCUAAACUCA